UUUUGACCAGAACAAAGGUCUUGGUAAAAGAUCAAUUCUGCCUUUAAUCUGUUAAUAGAACUGGAAUUAUUGAGUCGCUAAUGCAAUUUGUGAUUGCGUGUCACAAACAUGUUACUCAGACUGAAAACCAUCAACAACAUCUGAUUGCAAAUCCUAAAUAACACAACCCAUGCUAAGUCAUUAUUUGAGUUAGAUAAAAUCAAUAGCGAAGUACAUUUUAAAUUUUGAAAAUUCACAAGUUCUUUGAAACAACAAAAUGAUGCGUUUUCUUGGAUUGUCCUUCUUACUGACGAUUUUAACUGGUUGGAGCUAUGGACAAGUGUGUGAACCAUGUUGUGCUGGGCAUACAGUGAGCGUCAACUCUCCAAAUUGUAUGUCAUUCUGCAAUGAUUUCAAGGCAAAGUUCAAACAGCAGGAAGACGCAAUGGAUAUAAUACUAAGAGAAGUCAAUAACACAUUUCGUUGGGCAGAAGAAAUGCAGAAUCAACUUGUCGAAAAUGAACAGUCACUUGCUACGUUAAAAACAAGACUUGACGACAAUGAAGCUAAACAAGACACGAUCAGAGAGAAGCUUGGCGAACUAAGUGUUUUGGCCGGAACGGUAACUAGUAUGUUGAACGCCCACUUCAUUGAUAUCUUAAAGAGAAUGGCGUUAUUGGAAACAUCACUGGGAGUCAAGCAUAAAGCGAGGAUAGAAUAUCUUGAAAAUACGAUAAGUCUAAUUAGCAUGAAGUUCACCUUUCUUAUGAUCGGCUUGGAUCCUAUGAUGGCAAAAGUGGAGAAAGAAGGCCAAGAACAAAUUCAAGCAAUUGAGGACAUCGGGAAGGCCGCAAACGAUUUCCUGGAAAGCAUAGAGAAUCAAUACGAUAGUGACUCAAGCAACAUAACUGCACAAGAAGCUGUCGAAUCCACUGCUUUGGACAAGAGCAUUACAAAAUUGCAAGGUGCAAAGGCAACCCUGUCGGGUUACUUGAAGAUGUGCAUGCCAAGCCCCCCGUAGGAUCUAGAUCGACUGCUAUCCGAACAGUACUAAUAUGGACAAUGUAUAAGUGCAAAUGUGAAAUAUGACAAUAAAAUACAGAGUUAUGCCGAAAUGUAUGUUUAUUUUUCGUGUAUAACAAUUGGUUCUGUUCUCAAAGCCCCGUGUGUUAUCAAAUAAAUCGCAUCAAUUUAUAAAUUAGAGGUCACUCGUUUAUUUCUGAUAUUAUUUUGCCAGCAAGGCUUGGAAUUCUCAAGAUAAAUGUCAACCGAGAGAAAAUAUUUAAGAUUCGCGUACCUGAUAUGCUUAUAUAAAUGGUUGCUGGGCACGAAAACUCAUUGAAAUCGCAAUUGAAUAAUCAACAAUGUCAAAUUCAA